UUUGAUCACACAAAAUGUAAGGCAUGUCAAGUAAUGGAAGUACUGUAUUUUUUUAAUAGUUUAGCAGGAUUUGAUGUAUUGCCGUAAUUGCUUUGCCUAAUACUUAAAAGAAGAUCUCCCAUUGUACUAGUACUAUCUGUAUAUCAUCAACAUGUUAAGCUUGUACAGAUUCAGUCGAAGCAUUGGUUUUCGCAUAUUAAAGCGAAACUUUAGUGCUCCUGUAGCUCCUUUUGCUUCUCACGUAACACCGGACGAAGGCAAACCCGAAAACGACAAAAAGUCUGAGACCGGCUUGCGGGAAACCCAACAGACGAGGUCAUUGGGCAAUCAUCACGUAGCUAAAAAUCCUAUAGUCGCUGCUGCUUUUGCCUCAUUGUUGCAUGAAAAUCGAUCAGCCGAUAAGACCAGAUCGGGGAUUUUGAAUGGAAUUGAGGAGAAAAUCUUCAAAGCUAGUACAGUGAAUGAUCUUCUGGCAAUUCCAAGCGAAGCAAAAAUAUCUCGCAAACAAGCUUUAAAGAUUGUUUCGAUAUUGGCAGAAUGGAGCUCUAUAAAAAAGGUGAAAUUGUCAGAAUUUGAAAAUGAUCCUCGAUUCAUUCAAUUAUGCAGCGUACUAGGAAGGACCAAUAAUCGAAACAACAACCCUUCAAACAAGCUGUCGCUUCCGGCUAGUCGAGCGACCGGAUCCGCUUUGCAUGUCGACGAUCUGCAAACGGUUUUGGGCGUUACUGCGAACGAUGAGGCAGCCAAGCUCAUUGCAGGUUUGACAAUGUCACAAAUGAUAAAGGUUAUGACUUCUUUGGCACAAAAAAAGAAAAGGAGUACACCUUUGCUUCGAUCACUCGCGUUCAAUAUUAGUAGCUCUCCCAGUCAUAUUAAUUUGAAAGAGUGUGGUGAUUUGCUGUACGCCAUGGCUAGCUUAAAUUUUCGCGACCCGGUAUUGGCUGCUAAAAUUUGUACUGACGUCGAAGGUGGUUUAGUAGAAAACAAAGACAAGCCUGGAUCCGUGGGUUCUAUUUUAACCAGUUUAAGUCUACUGCGGUAUAGAGAUACGGCAACAUUGGAUGUGCUUUCGGAUUGGAUUGUUUCAAACAGUGAUGUUUGUAAACCCACCCACGUGGGCACAUUCUUGUUGUCUCUGGCAACAUUGAAUUAUGAACCAAACAACAUGGAAAAUAUUAGGGAAAAAUUAAUCAAUCAACUAAUGGAAAGCGAUUUCAUCAAAUCGGUCGACUGGCUGAAUACGGUCUGGUCGCUGGGAGUGCUGAAUUGCGUUUCACAACAGCAGUUGGCUUCUGUGCUAAAUGAGAGUUUCAUAUCUGGUUUGGAAAAGGAAAGGGGUGGCGAGCUAACCCCGGCUAUCAAAAUGAAGCUUCUGAACCUCAACGCUAUUGCUUGCAAUAUUGCGAAAAGUGAUUCAGCUGUUAGCAUAUUGGAUCCGAAUGACCCUAAGCUGUUUGUUCCCAUAGAGUAUUCGAAGAGCAAACGUGUGCUUGUUGCCGGUAUGUUGGAUGCACUUAAAAGUCUUGUUCCAUCGGAAAACCAUGUCCGUAUUAAUCAAAGAACAACGAUGGGAUUUGCUGUUGACGCAGAAUGUGUGUUGGAUUCGAAAUGCUUACCGCUGGCGGUUGACAGAGAACAUGCGGAUGCAAAACGGAUUGCUUUACUUGUGCAUGAUUACCACGACAUGUGCCAGGGGCCGCACCCGUCCUUAAAUGGGGUUCAAAUUCUUGCUUGUCGAUUACUGGAGAAAAGCGGCUACACGGUGCUGUCAAUUCCUUACAACGAGUUCAAUACCAGUGACAAACUACUAAAACGAGUAGAGUAUCUCCAGAAACGGUUCAAAUCCCUCGUUAGUCAGAGAGCUUAGUUGAUUCUUUUACCAAAAUAUAGAAAUUCUAAUACACGU